ACGGAAGAGGAAGGGUUUUCCCAAUCUCUCUUUGAUGAAAUCAUUUCGAAGAAAAAUGUACAUUCUUCUGAAGAAGCCAAAGGUCAUUUUGACUUGGUGGGAGUUGGUGAGGGCAUGAUAAUUAAACCCCCCAGUGACAGAGAAGAAGUUGUACAACAGGAAAUGGAACCAGAUUAUGAAAAUUCUGGAAUCAGCCUCAUAUCUGGAAAUGUGGUGUCGGUGUAUCGCCCACUGGCACAUACUUCUGAAAGCUCAGCUGCUGAAGACGAAAGUCAAAGAAUGCUCCAGGUUGGAGAUUGUGUUGCAAUGAAAAAAUUCAAAGAUUCCCACUAUUCUCCGCACGCCUCUCCUAUUCAUAUUAGAUUUGGGGUUUCCGUGCCAGCUGAAGACGUUCGUGCAGUGAGCAUUUCAUCAGAGAGUGCUCCAAACACAUUUUCCUAUAAAUGCACACCCAACGAUGUUUUUUCCAAAGUUUAUACAUCGAAUAAAGUGUCGAUGUCCUUGGUUCGAGUGAGAGUACACCAAGUGAUAUCGCUGCCCUGCCUACAAGACCUGAUAACCUAUCGAUCACCCAGGAGAGCAAGGAGAGCUCCAUGACAGUAAUAGAUUCAUCAGACAAAGCGAUGAACACUUUGAACACGAUUGUGGUUGAUUCUAAAAUCUCCGCGGCUACAUUACCGUUAGUGACCAUCUGGAAAAAUGGGAAAAGUAUAUAUUUGGAAGACGCAAUUGAAACUAAUGUGCCAAAGAAUGAGAAAUUGAGAACGUAUGCAAAAUACAAAGAAAGAACUGAUAGCUGCGCUGAAAAUGCUGGAAAAACGAAAGUGGGUGAGGUUACUUUUUGCUCAAAGAUGACAUCGCCACUGAGUUGUCAGGAAGACACCAUUGCUGAUGAUGCCUCAAACACCUCUUGUUCAUUAGAUGUGCUGUGUGGCGAGCAUACUGCAGGACAAAUGACUGAGAAGAAUGCAGAGAGCUGCAGUGUUGAAGUGUUGCUGGAUUCAACAGAAUACUCAAAUUUUGAUUCACAAUUUCCACCCGAAGUGAGAAAGUCGUCACGGUUGGCAAGAAAGUGGAAAGAUGGCCCACCAACUUAUUUCUGGAGAGGAGUCAAAAACAUCAAAACAGAGACACAUGACUACGUGAACGCGUGCAACAUUAAAGGCGAGACUCAACUUCAUUUGGCAGCUUUGAAAGGUCACUUGUCAAAGGUGAAAUCUUUGAUUCAGAGUGGAUCAGACGUUAAUGCUCCGGAUUAUGCUGGUUGGACGCCACUGCAUGUAGCGAGUACUCAUGGGUUUGUGAAUGUAGUUCUGGAAUUGGUCAGAGCCAAAGCAAAGGUUAAUUGCCGUGGCUUGGAUGACAUUACCCCUCUGCACGACGCUGCCAAGUGUGGUCAUUGGAAGGUGGUGCAGUGCCUGCUGGAGAAUGGCGCAGACCCCCGGAUAAAAAAUGCUCACGGCAAAACCGCCCUCGAGUUGUGUCAAGAUGCCAGGGUGCAACAUCUGCUGAGUACCUGGGCUAAAGCACAGUGCGCCGAUGGCGACCAAACGAGAUUACUCGUGGACGAGCCAGCCCGUUUCCCUGCAGGUGAAGCUAGUAAGGAGCCAGUGACCGCCUUUAGGGGACGUCACUGCCCUGCUAGCGAGGUAGAGAUCAGACGGAGCUGUGAUGGGGCAUUGAAGGACCACUGUCCAGAAGGGAAGACAUAUCCAGUGAAACCAGGAAAGAAGAAAGGACACGGACAUUCAAGUGAUAAACAGCUCCAUCUCAUUCAGGUUUUUAAGGAGGCUAUAAAAGAACUUGACGAUAUCGAGGUCACCCUGCAGUCCAUAAAGUCAUGGGAUCUUUCAGUGACUGGAAAAGCAGGCGAAUACAAACAAGCUGUACAGAAGAUGCAUUUGAUGCUAAACACUUUGCUUCAACGUCAAAAGAAAGACUCACAUUCUUUGAGCAACAGCACAAAGCACUCAAGUGUGUGCCGAGCCAAAGCGAAUAGUGAACUGUGGGAUCUGCUCAUGAUUCGCAAAAAAAAAUUUAUGGAACGACUCAAAACUCACAGGGAGCUCAGCUUCAGAUACAAGACUUUCCAGCAAGAACUUAAACAGCAGUCGGAGUUUCAGCAGCAGACGUUGGAGAGCGGAAAUUCUCAGGGGGAACAAAUACCCUCGGCAUCGGGAAUGACUGUGGAAUCGAGUGACUUUGCUCAGGUUCCGAACACCAUUGUGCAAGCAGAACAACAACAAACCAUGGGAUCAUCUGUGGUCAUUCCAUGUACUUCGGAAAACACGUCCGCUCCGCCAAUCACCGAUUAUGCAGUGCAGAAGGACAGAGCUACUAUAGUGCAAGUAGGAAAUAUGACUUUUGAUUCUGAGGAGGUGGUUUAUAUCCCCGAUAGUUUGAUCAGCUGUACACAGAAAAGCAGCGGCCAGAGUUCAGCAGUGACACCUGAGCCCUGUAACAGCCAAAUGCAAAUACUUGCGAACGGUCUGUCAGCGGGAGCACAAAAUGAAUACGUAUCAGAUAAGUCGGCUGUCGUUCUUCAAAACACACCACAGAUUUUAAGUGUUACAAGGCAUCCUACAGAUGACCAUGACUACACCCGGCUGCACGGACAGCAAAAAGGGGGCGUAGAACGUCAGGAUGCGGACGUGGAAGUAGUUAUUCGAGCUGCACCGGGAGAGGUCAUCAUGCGGCCAACUGAAAGUCAGACAGGUGUCACGGGAAAAAGCAUUCCGUCGUUUCUCAGUUAUCGACAGCUCGUUAAUCAAGGGGUUUUACAGCCCGGGAAAGAUGUUCUCUCCAUUCACGUGAAGGGCACGGUGCAUUAUGCCACUUUGCUGAUGAAUGGGACUAUCCUGACGCCACAGCUGGUGAUGUACAAAUCCCCGAUGCUGUGGCAUAAGGCGCUCUUGGCAAGCAACUCCAGCCCCAAGUGGAGCGUUACUGCUAGCGUGGUAUCGUACGAGGGAAGAAUGAUGUCAAGUUAUGCUAAACGUGAAAGCUACCCAUCCGCACCUCUGGCGAUUCCAAGCAUUGCAGUCGCUGUUUCGACAUCGAAUACAGCAAACAUUGCUGCUCCUCCCGCCACCGCUCUCUUCCCACCACCAGGUAAAGGUGGGGGGGGCAGAGCCCCUCUUCCUUUGAACAAUCGCCUCCACCCCCCCGUUAUUACCUCAACGCCAUUACCAUGGACUUCAUCCCUCAGUAUAAAAGGUCUUGCCCAAGAGACACCUAUCUACAGUGAGACUCGGUCUUGCACUAAACCCAGGGAUGCCCCCAUCACUAAAUACUUUAUUUUGCCAUCGCCAGACUGUGACCUCACUGGAUGUGAAGGCUGUCAGAUAUUCACGUAUCCAAAGAGGAUUCUUCUGGUACAGAAUUCUGAACUCUGUCCCAUGUACUACAUUAACAACCUAUUUAAUAACCCAGACAACUGGGAUUUCCUAUGCAGCGAAGGAACCAAACACGCUGAUCAUACCUCAACUCAGCCCUCCAGCAGCAGGGAAUGCUCUUAAAUUGCGAGCAAUCACACAAGUAGCGGGCAUGCGGCUCUUCUUCAAGCACCGCUUCAAUCAGCAGCCAAUGUUGCUAACUAAACAUUUAAUUUUCAUUUUAUUCCACUCAUCUUCUUCAUCAUCAGCCACGGUUAAUGGACUGCUGGAUGAAGGCCUCCCCAAGGCAAAAUAUGACUCCGCUUUGUUGAUCGUAGGCUGCUAUGAGCAGUGCCGAGUGUUUUUCAGGGCGUCGGGGAUUUGGGUUGUGAGUGCUGGUGGGCGUGUGAUUCAAUCCAUCUGCCGUAUGAUCAAUUCCAGGUGUCUCAUGAACACGAUGAGCUGUCUGCUGUUAGAAACGAGCGUGCUAUGAAGUCUAUCCUCCGUAACUGCCGGUCUUUAUGAGAGGGCGUUGGGGCCAGGACCCCACCACAAAUCUGAUCGACCAGUUGCCACUGGCUUUGUUCUUUUUGGGUCAGGUUUGAUGGGAAAAUCUGUUGCUCACACAGGGUGAAUGUUGUUAAUGCCAGUUCAUUGCAUAUUUAUUUACAACUGCUCUACAAUGUAAAAGCCAGAUGUGUGUAGUUGAUGUGAAAAUUAACGUCUUUGUUCAGAUGGUUAUAAUGAGAGAUCGAUUACAGCUGGGUCUGUCCCAGUUGGCGAUCCAGAAAACAUUUCUGCACCCGUCACACCACAUCCAGUAUACCUUUGACUCUGGCUGUGCCGACUAGCAACAUAUUGUACCUUACUCGACUCUGCCAGUGACCAAUAAGGUUUUCAGUUAAAGUAAGCCCCGGUGAAGAGCGUAGUUUGUUGUUAGUGCUUAAAACUUCAGUUAUUCAUUACUGUUUAUUGCUCAGUUCUACAAGUGUUUGCAGUUGGAUGUUGAAACA